AUGGGAAAAAUCCACUUACUGAAUAAGACCUGGAAAGUGUUUACAGAGAUAGAGAAGAGUUUAGCGACGAGUGGUGUAGUUAUAGAAGACCUAAUAGCGACGAUACCUUCUGGUGAAGAGUUUUGGGGGGUCUAUGACGCAAUGGGAGACCUCACGGACAUGAAAGUUGGCACGGAGUUAUACUUCCUUAAAGGGGAUUGUCGUAUUGCAGACAACUACCGCAAAGUGAUUUUUCAUUUCCCAUCAACAGACAAACAGUCGUUCAACGAGGCUUGGCUCAACAUCCUUCUCGGGUGUAUGGGGGAGUCGGUUGACUUCACUGAUCAAGUCAGAGGUGUUUUGUUCUCAUGUAGACAAGACUAUAAAGUGACGGUCUUCCUUUCUCGGAGCUGCGAUGGUGAUGUCCCUAAAGAGGUUGCACAGUCCAUGAAGUACACAUUCGAUAUCAAUCCAAAUGUAAAAAUUAGUUACUCAAAUACAAAGGGAAUCGGAUUGGUCAACCUUUAG